AGGCAGGGAUAGAGCUGCAGCUCAGGUGUGAGCAAGGGCAAGCCUGCGUGGCCGGACACCCAGCAUGUUGCAGGGGACUCUGCUGACACUCACUCUCCUCCUCUCUCCAGCUCCAGUAAGUGCUUUGAAAGAGCUCCCUCAGGUAAAGAAGUAUGAAGUGGUUUAUCCCAUAAGACUUCAUCCACUACAUAAAAGAGAAGUCAAAGAACCAGAGAAACAGAAAGUGUUUGAAACUGAAUUAAAGUAUAAAAUGACAGUUAAUGGAAAAAUUGCUGUGCUUUACUUGAAGAAAAAUAAGAAUCUCCUUGCAUCAAACUACACGGAAACACACUAUAAGUCCUCUGGAAAGCCAGUCACCACGAGCCCACAAGUCAUGGAUGGUUGUUACUAUCAAGGACACAUUGUCAAUGAAAAAGUUUCUGAUGCUAGCAUCAGCACAUGUAGGGGCCUAAGGGGCUACUUCAGUCAAGGAGAUCAAAGGUAUUUCAUCGAGCCUUUGAGCUCUGCCCAGCACGAUGAGCAGGAGCAUGCACUCUUCAGGGACGAGCCCAGCCACAGUCAGGCUGACCACAGCUGUGGGAUGGAUGACAUACUGUGGGCCCAAGGAUCACAGAAUGUGCUCUCGUCUGCCACCAGGCAGCUGCUUUACAAAAAGUUCAAUGCUCAUGUGGCCUUGGUUGGGAUGGAAAUCUGGACUGAUGAUGAUAAGAUAAAGAUAACCCCAAAUAUAAGCUCUACCCUGGAAAACUUUUCUAGAUGGAGGGGGAGUAAUCUCCUCAGAAGAAAGCAUCAUGAUAUUGCUCAGUUAAUCACCAAAACAGACUUUUCUGGAGCAACGGUGGGCCUUGCUUUCCUGUCUUCGAUGUGCACACCUUACCAUUCUGUUGGCGUUAUUCAGGACCACAGCAGCAAUCAUCUUCGAGUGGCAGGGACAAUGGCCCACGAGAUGGGUCACAAUCUUGGGAUGAUUCAUGACUCCUCCUAUUGCCAGUGCCCCGCCACAGUCUGUGUGAUGAAUAAAACAGUAAGCUUCAGUAUACCCACAGACUUCAGUUCCUGUAGCCAUGUCAACUAUGACAGGUUCCUUGAAGAUAAAUUAUCAAAUUGCCUCUUUAACAUCCCACUACCCAGAGAUAUCAUAUCCACCCCAUCCUGUGGGAACCAGUUGGUAGAAGUGGGUGAGGACUGUGACUGUGGGACCCCUGAGGAAUGUACCAACAUUUGCUGUGAUCCUAAAACAUGUAAAAUCAAAGCAGGUUUUCAAUGUGCAUCAGAAGAAUGCUGUGAAAAAUGCCAAUUGAAAAAGGCCGGAACAGUGUGCAGAUCAGCAAAACAUGAGUGCGACCUGCCAGAAAUGUGUGAUGGGAAAUCUAGUCACUGCCCUGAGGACAGAUUCAGAGUCAAUGGCUUCCCUUGUCAGAAUGGGGAGGGUUACUGCUUGAUGGGGAGGUGCCCCACACUGGCAGAGCAGUGCACGGACAUGUGGGGGCCAGGAACCAAGGUAGCAGAUAAGUCAUGUUACAAGAAGAAUGAAGGUGGGUCAAAGUAUGGAUACUGUCAUGUGGUGAACGGCACCCACAUUGCCUGCAAAGCAGAAGACAUCAUGUGUGGGAAGUUGUUUUGUCAAGGUGGCUCAGGUAAUUUGCCCUGGGAAGGAUUUACCAUAUCUUUCCUGACAUGUAAACUAUUUGAUCCUAAAGACAAAAGUCAAGGCAUAGACCUGGUGGCCAAUGGAACCAAGUGUGGGCAUAACAAGGUGUGCAUUAAUGCAGAAUGCGUGGACAUGGAGAGGAUCUACAAGUCAGCCAAUUGUUCCUCUAAGUGCAAAGGACAUGCUGUGUGUGACCACAAGCUCCAGUGCCAGUGCAAAGAAGGAUGGGCCCCUCCCGACUGUGAGGAUUCCUCCACAGUCUUCCACUUCUCCAUUGUGGUGGGAGUGCUCUUCCCAGUGGCAGUCAUAUUUGUGGUAGUUGCUGUAGUCAUACAUCACCAGACUGCCAGAAGACGGCAGAAGAAAGUUCAGAGACCACUUCGUGCUCCAGAGCGCAGGUUACACAAGCAGAAGGGUAAAGUCCAGAAGAUGAGGGCUAUCCAGCCUCAAGAGAUCAGUCAGAUGAAGCUCCAUGUGUCUGAUCUGCCUGUAGAAGACAGUGAGCCUCCAGCUUCGGAUCUAAUUCCAAAGCCUGAUUUCCCACCACCACCAAUUCCUACAUCUGUGUCUUCUUCCUCUUUCCUUCAUAAGGACACAAAAGCACUCCCUUCUGCUCUUAUCAAAGAUAAGCCAAUGUCCACACCUAAGGGCUCAAACCCGAAAGUCUGAAGCAUCUGCUAAGCAAAGAUUGAUGGCCAAAUGAUCAAAUUGGAAAAUCUGGAUAGAAGAGAACUGAACUUAUUUUAUCACUAUGGAGUGCUCUUAACAUUCAAAGUAAAGUCAGCAUAUCUUGAUUCUUGUAAUACUUUGAAGAGCUUAACUAAAAUUUUUAAGAGAGACAUACUCUUAAAAAUUUUUGUAUUAAUUCAAAAUUUAUUUUCUCCAUAUUUAUGGAAGGAAGAUAAUGCUGAAGAGAUGUCUAUGAACUUUAUAUUUCUAAUCAACUCAUUUUUCCAUAAUUCUCUUUUUUUUCCAUAAUUAUUAUGUUGCCUAAUUAUUCAAAUAUAUUGAAAACCUUGAUUUGCUGAUUUGAUGGGAAUUAAUACUCUUGAAUAAAAACAAGGAAAAACAGCAAUCACAGGAAACUGAUUUUUUAAACUGUUAAUUUUCACAAUUAAAAUCCUUAGGAAGAAAGUUAUGUAAACAUUUUCUGUCCUAUAUAAUGUAUCACUUUCCUAUAUUGUCCCCGGAAAUUUUUUU